UGCUUUUGGCUUCUAAUUUAAUGACAUCAAUUUCCAGGAAAUUAAAACAGACAAAGCAACAAAUCCUAAUGCAGCAGCACUGAAAAUCAUAUGAAGUGUUUUUUUUUUAAAUUUGAAGCAACAUUUUUUGGACUGAAAGUUGAGGUGAACUUAAACAAGAGUGUUGAUCAUGUCUGAAGAAACACGGAGAAUUGUGGUGAUCCACUAUGCAUCAAGAGACUUCAAUACAAGUGCCAUUAAAGUUGUCAUGGAGGGAUAUUCACUUGGGCAUGGAGACAAGCUUACACUUCUUGUAGUUCUUCGCCAUGCUAAUAGUCCUAGUAGGAUUCCCUUCAUUGCAUCUGCCAGAUUGCGUGGAUUAUUUGAGACUGAUCACAAAAUUGUUGAGAAAGAGGUUGCCAAGAUGAAAGAAGAGAUCCUUAAUAAUGCAAGCAUAAGGGAAAUCUCCGAGCAGUGUGAAGCAGAAAGGAUCCAGUUCCGGAUAGAAGUGCUUCAAGGCAAUUUACCUGAGGUUGCUGUAAAUGCUGCCACCCGUUUGGAGGCAAAAACAGUGAUACUUGAUAGACAGAUGAAGAAAUAUAAGAAGAAUUUCAAGCAGAGUCUCUCUUGUGCUUUACUAAUAAUGAACCGUGACAACACUUUGCGACACUUGAGAGGACCAAGGGAAACGCAGCUGUCAGAUGGAAGCAAUGGCAAUGCAAAUUUUGCAAGUUCCUAUUCUAAAUCUCCACAAAGAAUACAGCAAGUCGCAAAUGCAAUUUUCUGCUCCAAUUCCAGCUCUUCAAUUCAAACUCUUACAAAGGUUGUGUGCCCCCAAUCUCAUUCUCAAAUGAAACAAUUCCUUGACAAUAGAGAACAAGACAUGGCAAGAGGGUAUUGCAUAUUACCAACUUCUGAUACUCGAAAUACUAAUCAUACUGACUUGUAUCACAUAGAGACACCAGUGGAACAUAGCAACAACCCUGAAUCAUAUCAAAUAGUUGAACAAUUUAAAAAUUCUGUUUGCUCAGUAUGCAAUAACAGAAGACCAAAAUUUGAACCACUGAAAGAAUUCACAUACGCGGAGCUGCAUGAAGCCACACAGGGUUUUACCCCAAAGAACUAUUUGUCAGAAGGUGGAUUUGGUUCUGUCUACAAAGGGAAGCUGCAAGGAGGACUCAGGAUUGCCGUGAAGCAACACAAGUGUGCAAGCUUCCAAGGAGAUAAGGAAUUCAAAUCUGAAGUUAAUGCACUCAGCAGAGCAAUACAUGAGAAUGUGGUUAUGCUGCGUGGAUCUUGUUCAGAAGGAAAUAACAGGCUUCUUGUGUAUGAAUUUGUUUGCAAUGGCUCGCUCGACCAACAUUUAUCGCAACACUCACGUAAACCUCUUAGCUGGGCAGAAAGGAUCAAAGUAGCUAUUGGAGCUGCAAAAGGCUUAUUGUUCUUGCAUCAGAACAAUAUAAUACACAGAGAUGUGAGACCUAGUAACAUCCUUGUCACACAUGACUAUGAAGCAAUGCUUGGAGAUUUCGGUCUAGCUAGAACUGAACAAAUGGACUCCUUAUACUCCACAGAUGUAGUUGGAACUAUAGGGUAUUUGGCACCAGAAUAUGCUGAAUCUGGAAAAAUGUCAACCAAGACAGAUGUGUAUUCUUUUGGUGUGGUUCUUCUUCAGCUAAUAACUGGAAUGAGGACUGCAGACAAACGGCUUGGAGAUAAAAGUCUUGUGGGAUGGGCUAGGCCACUAUUGAAAGAAAGGAACUAUCCAGAUCUAAUUGAUGAAAGGAUGAUGGAAAAUCAUGAUUGCCAUCAGCUCUUUUGGAUGAUUCGUCUAGCAGAAAAAUGUCUCAGCAGGGAUUCUCAGAGGCGAUUAUCAAUGGAUACUGUGGUCACUGCCUUAACUCAUAUACUUGAAGGCAACACAUGCAGUGUCGUACUGAGAGACUGUUCUCCAGCUCGGUCAGAUUCAUCCUAUGACAUGUCAGACUUACUUAUAUCAGAUGCCUCUCAGAAAUUAGAAGGUGAAGAUGCAAGCAUCUAUGCAGGAUAUGCUCCCAUUUGGUUAAGACCCCCACCAUCUCCUCCGUUAGGAAGCACUUCAUCAUGUACAUCAAGCAUGUUCACAGGGCCAAGUGAAUCUUCUUUAGAAGAGUUGUCCAAUGAUGAGAAUAAGGGUAAGAAGCCAAAUGAUCAAGGUGGGAUAUUUUAAACCAUUAUGGUCUUGUUAGAGUACUCCAAUUCGAUAACAGGACGGCUAUUCUAUGAAAGUAAGAAUGAAACAGUGAUCAGAGACUCCUUUUUUCAGAUAUAAAUAAUGUAUUGUUCCUUCAUUCCAUAAAAAUAAAUUUUGUUUUCUACAUUUAAAUAAAUUAUGUAUCAAUAGAAAUGGCAUUGAAUUUGAACUUUGCUUCUU